AUGUAAAUAUAAUCUAACACUGAGAUGUAUGUAUCGAUCAGCUGAUUAUGUAAGGUAGGAUUAGGGGGGCGGGGUGAUAUAACCUUUUGAGGAUUGAUUAGAUAGUUCGUACAUUUCGUAAGGUUCACAAUUAUAUAUUUGUCAGAGAACCCAGCAAGCUGUAUCUACGUAUUUGUGUUGCUGAAUCAUGUCUGCAUAUAAUCUUUUUUUUAUUGUGGUAUUUGUUUAAAAGCGCGAAGUGCUUCUCUACUUAACAACAAAGGCAUGGCGACGAGAAGGAUUUUUUGUUUUUGUUUUUAGAUGUAAUACUAAUUUGUUAUCAUCAAGAGAGCACUAGACACAGUGUUAGCAGAGUUUUCUCUUUGCCUAGAGAGGCAGCCAAAUAUUCUAUAACGUUAGUAAAUCAUGUGACUAAAUGUAAAGAGGAGUGAAUUGUAUCUUGGGGAAAAAGAAAGUAAGAAAAACCAGAAAGAAAACUAAACACACACAAAACCCCACCAACAGCGAUACAGGUGUAACGGGAAGGGAGAAAGUGCAACGGACCAGACCGGGAUUCGAACCCGGGCCCCCUGAAUCUCUAGUCAGGUACUCUACCAACUGAGCUAACUGGCCACCGGCGAUCGAUCCCGGCUGACCGCUACACAGGAAUAGAUCUGUGGAUUAACAUUUGCAUAAUACGAUUUUGUACGUACAUAUAUUAAUUCAGGCAUCAUUUAAAUGGCUUACUGUUGCAAGUCUUUCUUUUCCUAAGUACAGUCUAUCGCGUAAUCUUGAUAUCGAAAAUAUUCAGCAUAUUUUUUUUGGAAAAAAAAAAGUUUGAAAUUUUAGCAUUUUAUAUUUUCGUGUAUUUUCAUUUCGUGAUUCAUGACUGGAUAGAUUUUUUUAAUGGAUAAUCAAGUUCUGUGAAUCUAUAAACAACAAAUAAUUUGUUUGUGUAUUGUUUAUAGGAGUUAUGAGAUUGAUCACUGGUCGUUAUCUUUGCCUUUCAUUGAUCACUGUUCGUUAUCUUCACAUUUCAUAUUGCUCACGGCGGUUGUAACCGGUCGACAGAGAAUGUUUACUCCUCCUAGGCACUUUAUCCCACCUCUGGUGUGUCCAGCGGUCCGUGUUUACCCAACUCUUUAUUUUGUAUUCUUUAUGUGAGUUAUGAGAAACUCAAGAAUACGAUAUAUCCUUUUGCAACGGUAUAUUGAAUACAUUAGCACACAUACCGGCAUAUUGAAUGGAAUGUAUUAGCACACCGGCAUAUUGAAUAGAGCAUGUUAGUAUACCGACAUAUUGAAAUAGAACACGUUAGCACAUCGGCAUAUUGAAUGGAACGUAUUAACACACCGACAUAUUGAAAUAGAACACGUUAACACACCGGCAUAUUGAAAUAGAAAACGUUAGCACACCGGCAUAUUGAAUAGAGCAUGUUAUCACACCGGCAUAUUGAAAUAGAAAACGCUAGCACACCGGCAUAUUGAAAUAGAACGCAUUAGCACCCCGUCAUAUUGAGAUAGAUAACGUUAGCACACCGGCAUAUUGAAUGGAAUACAUUAGCACGCCAAAAUAUUGAACAGAGCACGUUAGCACAUAGACAUAUUGAAAUAGAACAUGUUAACACACUGGUAUAAUGAAUAAAAACCGUUAGCAUACCGACAUAUUGAAAUAGAACACGUUAACACACCGAUAUAAUGAAUAGAAACCGUUAGCAUACCGACAUAUUGAAAUAGAACACGUUAUUAUACCGGUAUAUUGAAUAGAGCAUGUUAUCGAUCAUUGAAAUAUAUGCUGGACUAAAGGUAUGUCAUCUCAUAUACUUUCAAAAACUGAAAAACAUUUCUUCUGUUUACACUUUAAUUCUUUCAAUUGCACUUUAAUUAUGAGGUGGAAGGAUUAUGGAUUUUUCAAUUAGUAAAAAUUUAAAACGGAGUGAAAGUAAAAAUUAGCCAGUAUUUCGAAUCAGACGAAUUUUUUACAACGUAUACUUAUCAUGAGCGGUUACCUUUAUCAACACACUAAAAGUCCAUAAAUUCAUCGCGGGCACGUUCCGUUGUAACGAAGAGUUGUUCCGGCCAGCGACAUAUCUUUCCGGCGUAAGUAGUUUAUCUGUAACGUUGUUGACUUGAAGGAAUCACGGGCCUCAGUGAAUCUAAAUAUGGGAAUUAAUAAAUAUUGUACACCGUAAAUCAAUUUUAAAUGAGGCUUUGUUAACAAGGCACUGUUAUUUACCUCCGUUGUCACUCUGAGAAGGACAAACAAUACCAUAUUGCACUUAGUAUGCCUGCUGGAAGGACCGAAGCUUACUGGUACAGGAUUUACUCUGGAUGUUCAAGUCUGCAGUCGCUGAAAAGGGACGUGCCCUUAAAAUGAAUGCUGGCGUUUUCUGUCAAUAGUAACUUCCCCAGGAUGUCUCUGAAUGUUCUGCUGGUGGUGAUGUGGGCUUGUAUAUGGCGGUCCUUGGCGUUCCCAACGGGGUCACCCGGCUGUAGAUCUAGCGGGGCUCCGACUAAUGAUAAUGACUUCGUGCCGAGUCAUGGAACCAGCGAAGACGGAAAUCUACCCUACUUUGUUAAUGCAUCAAGAUCCGGGAAUGACUGGACAGUGAUGGUUUGGGCCGAAAAUAGCUAUUUCAAAGGAUUCCUCUUACGAGUUUUGCCGAUAUUUCCUUCUAACACAGUGGCAGGAAGUUACGUCACAAUGCCUUCCGAUACCAGAAACUGCUCGGAUACGGAUGCUACACACACGAGCGCCGACGCCAAUCACACGUCCCUCACUUUUGUAUGGAGGCAGAGUAGCACAAUGACUGGCGACGUGUAUUUUAAGGCUACAAUAGUCCACACCAAAUCAACUGACUACAAAAUUACAACAUCAUUGCCUAUCGUUCAGGACCCGGAAUGUAAUUCUACUAAAGGCUGUCUGUCUGAAUGUGACAAUGGUACCUGUCGCUAUCAGGUCACAUGGAAAAGAAACGGCGAUCUCGUGAGAUUUGAAUUUCAGGAGAUUCUGGAGUCCGGAAAUAAGUACCAAGCAAUAGGAUUUUCCAGUGAUAGAACAAUGGGUGACGAUAGUGUGAUGGUGUGUAAAUCUAACGGUGGAGCAGUGUCUUUUGAAUUAGGUUACAAUUCCGGGAAGUCGUACUCUGCCUUAGCAAAUUCAACCAACACGGGGGUAGACGUCAUAGAAACGUCACAGACAGAUAACGUGAUAAAGUGUGUCGUUCAGCGAACCAUCAACACCACUCACGCUGAAGUCUUCAAUUUGUCUCAGCCAUGGUAUCUUCUUCAUGCCAUGGGAUCCGUCACUGGUGGCUUUGUGGGUUAUCAUCAUACCAGAACUGCAUCUAUAACGGAAGUAGACUUUUUGACUACAGAGUCUGCGCAACCACCAGUGACGUCUACAACUCCGCCUACUACUUCCGGUAUUUCCCCGGAUCCGGAAUGUGGGUCUAGCAAAGGAUGUCAAUUCAGCUGUAAUGGCGGGGCGUGUUCAUACUUAAUCACGUGGCAGAAGCGUGAUGAUCUCGUGAGAUUUGAAUUGAUGGAAAUGUCGUCAGGAAGCCAGUAUCAAGCAAUUGCGUUUUCGAGCGAUAGGAAAAUGGGUGACGACAGUGUGAUGGCGUGUAAAUCUAACAGUGGAGCAGUGUCUUUUGAAUUAGGUUACAAUUCCGGGAAGUCGUAUUCUGCCUUAGCAAAUUUAGCAGGGACUGGCGUCAAUGUUAUAGAAACAUCACAGAUCAGUGGCAGAGCAAGGUGUGUAGUAGAACGAACUAUCAACAGCACUAACCUGCAGGUGUUCAGUCUGACCAGGAACUGGUUCCUCCUGAGAGCAUCGGGAAAUCUCGUAGGCGACAGCGUUGCGAUCCAUAGUACAAAAGCAGCCAGCACUGCGCAGGUCGACUUUCUAUCGGCAUCCAUCGUCACGGCGGAGACUAAUGAUCAGCUCAUGGCCAAACUACAUGGAUGUUUCAUGAUGAUAGCAUGGGUGAUGUUCUCCAGCAUAGGGAUUGUUACAGCAAGGUACUUCAAGGACGGAUGGAGUGGAAAGACUCUCGUUGGACAGAAAGUCUGGUUCCAGAUCCACCGCACCAGUAUGGUUCUAGUCUUUCUUUUUACAGUUUCUGCUUUUGUGAUAAUAUUCGUGGAUGUCGGAGAAUACAGAGAGGUAGUGGUUUCCGACGGAAAAGAUUAUCUUCGAUAUCACCCUAUCCUGGGGAUAGUGGUCAUGGCUCUAACACUUAUCAAUCCAAUAAUGUCUUUGUUCAGAUGUGCGCCCACUGAUAAAAAGCGGAUCAUAUUCAAUGUUGCCCACUUUAUAGUUGGCACCGGUGCACAUUUACUGGCAGCCAUCACAAUUCUAUUUGGAUUGAAUAUAGACAGACUCAAUAUACCAACAGAUGCUUCUUACGUCAUGUAUGCUUAUAUGGCCGUAUUCGUUUUCAUCGAGAUUGCAUUUCAGCUGCAAGCAGUAUAUGAAAAAAGUUUAAAUUCUAGUACCGAUGUUGCAAUCGAGAUGAAAGACGCUGACGAUAAAAACGAGACGGGCAUUCAGUUUGAAAAACGACCAGUUAUACGGAAGGAAGUAUUUCUCUACUUUCACAUUCUGCUGAUGGUGGCGCUCUGUGUGGCUAUGAUAGUCAUUGUAAUGACCGCCGACUGACAGUACAUGCGACUCAAAUUGGCCGUGAGAUUAUAUAUCUAAGACAAGAGAAAAUACCGUAACAGUUAUGGAAUAAUUACCAGGUGGCAGAGAACAAAAUUACGAGCGUUUGUCAUAAAUAUAUUCUAGUAAUUUUGUAAUCAGGCUGUUCCAUUAUUUGUUUGUUUACAUACAUAAUGUGCAACAUGAUGUAUACUAAUUUUAUCAAUGAUGUAUGUAUGUAAAGUCAAAGAAACCAUUCUAUAUUGAAUUCCUUUUCUUGGUAUUUCGUUUUGAGACCAUGAUUGGUUGCUCUUUUGAAUUUUUCUUCGGUGUAUUAUCAAAAUAUGAACAUUCAGGUGUAGAACAUUUCUAUACCCAUGUAUUUUGUGGACACCAAUAAACGAAGGGUGCAUUUUACAAA